AUGAGGACGCUAAAGAGUGUAUUGUGUCUUUUUCCUGUCUUGAUAGCGCACCUGCUUGCAGUGCAGCAAGACCAGGCAAUCCUUGAGGACAUCACGCUGAACAGCCUCCAAAACGCAGAAAACGCGGUUCCAGACGGUACCGCCCCAACAACCACAUCCACAGUCAUCUCCAGCGAAUCCAGCAGUUCAUUUGAAGAAUGGCCUCCAAGUGGCCACGCUACACCUAAUAACGACACACGUGACCCCAGAUCACGCGAACAGAGGGCCCAUCAAGCGUACCUAGAAGCCCUUUCUCUCCUAGACACCGUUCCUCCCCGAGAGCCAAACCGUACUCUAGAGCACGUCAUUUCCAAUGGGAAGCUUCAAAUUCCCCCAUACAGCAACGUUACUAAGAAUUAUGAGCAUACUGCUUCAACUACACCUCAGCCUGUGCCUGAAAUAAUCACAUCCAAAGUGAUUCCAUUGCUUGAAGAAGCAAUCAAACUCAACUACUCACCAGCAUUAGUCACCUUGGCGGACUUCCACAUGUUCGGAAAUUAUUCUGUACCCCCUGACUACAGAAAAUCCCUAGAAUUAUACCAUAAGGCAGUUUCGAUUGAGGGGGAUGGACAUGCCUACUUCAUGCUAGGCUAUAUAUACUCGUCAGGGCUUUUUGGAGAAGUCGAAGUUGACCAAAUAAAAGCCAAUUUAUACUACAAUUUGGGUAUGCAAAACGGGGACCUCAAUUCCAUACUUGCCUUGGCAUACAGAACCUACAAUGGAAUAGGAAUACCAGCGAACUACGAGCUUUCUCUUCACUACUAUUCCAGAUUGGCCACUAUUGGAAAGGCUAAUUUGGCUCGGAUUGAAGAACAAAUGCAAGAGGUGAGGAUUCCUCUCAACAUCAGAAUAUCCGACUUCAAUGGUGGGCUAUACGGCCCCAAGCUCAGCGAGUCUCCCGAUUCCAUUGAUUCUAUGGUGCGACUUUACUCCCUGAAUAUCAAGAAGUUCGAAGAAUACAACAUGGAUCACAACGACCACGAAUACGUCAACUUGUACUUUAAUGCGUUGAAGCAUUAUGAUGGUGGCUACUUCUUCCCUGUUAACAGAACAAGGGCUUUUGAGUAUCUCGACGACUGCAUCGCUUUGGGUGACAGAAACUAUGGCAAGCGGAUGUUUCAUAAUAUCGACUCUAUCGACAAGAGAUUCUUGGGCCUCUGCUACUCCCAGUUAGGACACAUGUACUAUAAGGGAUAUGGGGUGGAAAAGGAUAUGGAUAAGGCAAGGAAGUUGCAUGAAAUUUCCCUUGCAGUCGAUAAAAAUGGCCAGUCAUACAAUGAUUUGGGUACCAUGAAACAAAGUGGGUUGGAUGGCAAGCCCAUCAAUGAGACUGAAGUGAUUGAAUAUUUCAUCAAGGCAGUAAAGAUGGGCUACCAAACGGCCAACUUGAAUUUGGCCAAGUAUCUUACCGAGUUGAGCCCUAAUCAAGACCCAGCUGAGGGUGAUUAUGCGAUAAAGAUAUAUGAAGCAAUUCGUAAAUCUGCCUACAGUGGUGUCAUAGAAUCUUGGUUCCACUAUGCUGAGUUCGCUCAGUCUGGAUUGACCAGUUUGGUGGAUCCUCAAAAGAGAUAUGAUUGCCAAUCAACCAUAUACUACUACAAAGUUUUUGUGGAACGGUUGGAAAGCUUUUUUUUGCCCCACUUAAGAUUUGCUUUUGAUGAAUUUAUAGCUGGAAAUUUUCAGAACGCUUUAAUUGGGUACUCAAUUGCUGCUGAACAGGGUCUAGAAAAUGCCCAAGUAUCGACGGCCUAUUUGCUUUAUCAGCUACAGCCACUCAAGUCCAAGCUGAAGGUACAGUGGUUUGAUCCCAAGCGGGUCAAGUCAGCAGUUAAGUACCUCGAGAGGUCUUCGGCCCAGAUGAAUAUCGACUCUAUGAUCUUAUUGGGUGACUUAUACCUUGAAGGUAUAGAAAAUGCAUUAGAUAUCGAUUACCAAAAAGCAUUUCAAUAUUAUCACAAGGCCACCAAGCUUAUGUCCUCUCAUGCAGCAUACAAGCUCGGAUACAUGUAUGAAUAUGGCCUUGGUACCCUCAAUAACUCCGUUGACUUCUUUAUGGCCAAGAGGUACUAUGACUUGAGUAUGGAGUAUAAGGAGAAGACACUUGAAGAUCCAAAGCUUAGUCAUUUUAUUCCAAUUCAAUGGGCACUUAUUCGGUUGAGAUUGAAGUAUUUAUUCAACAAGAAUAAAUUUAAAUCGUAUAAGGACAACGAAUCCAAUAGCUGGUUCAAAGCAUUCAAGAAUAUUGGAAAGGGAAGUGGGAGCGAAGAGCUGGAGACAGCUGGCAAUAAGAGAACAGGUAUAACGACUGAAAGGGCCAAUAACAGGGCAACUGCCCACCACGAAGGUGGUGAAUAUGAUGGGGACGAGGAAUAUGAUAUAGGUGACUAUCUUGUUAUCGGUUUGACAAUUUCGUUCUUCGUCUUCUUUUUUAUGAGAAACUUGUACAGGUUUUGGAGAAUGAGGAAUAAUGGCGACGAUGCUCAACGUGGCUUCAGAUUUUGGUUCAACGGGUAUGAACUUAAUUUUGGAAACGGUGACUUUGAAUUCAGAUUCUUUGCUAUCUAA